AUGUCUGACUACACCGGCCCCGGCAUGUACGAGAUUCUCCCCAAACACGCUCCAGAAAUGAGCCUGAAUGUCUGGGGUGGUGCAACAACUGCUGGCACGCCCAUCAAGCUAUACCCGAGGACGAAGGAAGCCAAGAACACUCACUUUGAGAUUGUAUCGGCGGGGGGCUACUACGCUCAGCCUGAGAAAGGCGAUCGUGAAUAUCACAUCAUUUGCGCAAACUCUGGUUUGUACUUGUGCAUGAAUGAUUCUGGUGGCAAAAUCACCCAGGAAAUCCGCCCUCCCCUUGACAACGCCGUCCGCUGGAACAUUAGAUACACUGGAAACGGUACCUUUGCCAUCAACAACGUCAAUGGCCAGAAGAAGCAGCAGAUCAACGUUCGUGGCGCUGGCAAGGACAGCGGAACAGAAGUGAUCUCAUACGCCAUUACCGAUGGUGCUGAGAACGCCCAGUUUAUUCUCAAGGCUGUUGUGUACACUUGA